UCAACAAAGUCAAGUAAUGACAUUUGUGUUAGUUUUCCAAGUAAUGGUCAUGGAUAAUGGCGGAUCUCAGUCACACUCAAAAAACCCGAGAAAAACCCUCCUAAACCUCACUAAAACCUCCUAGAACUACCAUGGAGGAAGACUUCAAAAAACUACUUGAAUGUAACCGUGGAAAAUUCCGAGCUGCGGUUGCUGCAGAGCGUUUGUUAUCGCCAUUGGCAAUCAGUCAUGUCAUCUCUGCUGAUGAUCUUCAAACUAUACAGAACGAAUCUCCUAGUAAAAGACUGGAUAAACUUAUAGACAUCUUGAAACGACGAGAUUAUGGGUAUUUUAAGAAGUUCUGUGUUGUCUUAGAGACGACGUAUCCUUAUAUGCUGAACUGUAUGUUCUUAGGCGUGGAGCCUCCAGCUUCAGCCACUACAAGACUGGAAAAAGCUAAUCAAAGCAAGGUUGUGGAUAAAGAAUUCGAUGGGAAUCAUUCUCGAAUCAGUCAAAGCGCAAACAGGCGUAACAACAUUGCAAGGAGCACAAGUAUGACAGGACAUGAUUUAUGGAAAGACAGGUAUUCACUUCUUAAGAAUGAACUAAAGGCAGUGAAACGGGAUUUGGAACAAGCCAGGUCCGAGUUGCAAAAGGCUGAAAAAGAGAGAGAUUCAGCCUGCCACCAGCUUGCUGAAUUAUCAGGAAAGCAGACAGUUGAAAACAUUGAGCUACAGAAUAACACUUCAAGUAAUAACUCCAUUAUUAACGAAAGAAAUAAUGAUUACGAAAGACUGAAGCAGGAGUAUGUUAAUGUAUUGACAGAACUUCAAAUAUUGAGGCAACAGAAARCUGAUUUUAGUGAAAAGCACAAUGCGGCAUUACAAGAGGCUGAGUAUUUCAGAAAACAACAUAAAACAGUAUUAAAUAAAUGUGAUUUACUUGUGAGAGAAGCUCAGGGUCUGAACCGAAAACUGGAGGAAAGUUCAAGGGAAUGUGAAAAGAUUAAACAGGAUUAUGAGGAAAUUGUGCUAUUGAGAGAACGAGAGAAAUUUGAAAUGAAAGAUAGGAAUAUUGAUUUGAUACUUGAUGAACAUCAGAGCCCAGAUGAUGCAUUUGCUGCUGAAAAGUUGGAGUGUUUACAAAAGGAUUAUGAGCAGCUACAAGAGACCCAUCGGGAACUCAGGUCUGAGUAUAAUCAUGUCUUUAAUCUCAUGCAGUCAACAGAAAAUGAUUAUCAUAGUAUGAAAGAUAAGUGUGAUCAUCUAGUUCAUGAGAGAGAUUCUCUUGCAAAAGACUACAGAGGGCUUAAGCAACAGUGUGAAGCAGCAUUAAAAAAUGCAGAAAAAGCAGUGAAAGAACGAGAUAAUGUUAUUAAAAGCAAACAACAAGCUCAUGCUGAAAGAGAUGCYGCAAUCAAAGACUGUGAUAAACUUUUGAGUCAGAAAUUAAAAAUUGCAAAGGAACUUUCAAAAGUAACGGAAGAACGAAACGCAGUCUUGAAUGAAUAUAAAUUAGUGAUGAGUGAGCGAGACAAUGUUCAUCGGGAGACUGAAAAGGUCCAAGACCACUUUCAUUUGCUACAGACGACCAACAAGUACCUGACAGAAGAAAAAGAAAAGCUGUGUAAUCUUAACAAUGCUUUGCAAGAUGAAGUAAAUCAUUAURUUGCAGAAAACGAUAAAUUAUUAAAUGAAAUUUAUGCACUGAAAGACAAGACCCAACAUUUAAUGCUAGAAAACAAGAAUAUUGCUAUAGAUAGAGAAAAGGCUCUCGAUGACUGUGAAAUGCUUAAACAAGAACGUGAUGCUGCUAGAAAAGAACGCAGUGAAGCAAUCAUUCAUAGGGAUAAGAUACUGAAAGAAUGCUUCAAAGUUAAGCAAAAACAGGACUCAAAGGGAGAAGGCAAGGAAAUGGACUCCUUAAGAAAACAGUUCCAAAUUUUGUCCAAAGAGCUAACCAAUGCAUUGCAUGAGGCAGACAUUGCAAAGCAGAGGUAUGACUGGGCUUUGUUAGAGAGAGACAAGGCUAUUCACGAGCGUGAAAGGCUUCACACCUCUCAUGAACACCUGCAGGAUGAGCAUAAUAGAGUCAUGAAUGAAAUGAUGGACAUGGUGCAUGAUUCAGAUCACAUUAGGACACAGCAUUCUGAAAUCAUGAUGGAACUGAUAGAUCUCAAAAGUCGCAUUGAAUCUCAGUUGACUUCAAAGGGGUCUGAGAGGGAACUAUUGUCUAGUAGAGACUCAGCAAUAGACACUGACUCAAUGGAGUGGGAAACAGAAUCUAUUGUACUGGAGAAGGUAAGCCAUGAUAAGGACCUUGGCAUAAUCAUUGGCGGUGGCCGGGACACUCCUCUUAUGCCCAAUGACUCAUCCAUCGUGGUGACCGAUGUUACCAAAGGCAGUAUUGCAGAAGGCAAAUUAAAGGUGAAUGACUGUUUGCUGAAGGUGAAUGAUCUUGACCUGACCAAUGUUGAGCAUAAGACAGCCAUGCAAGCUAUUACCGCCAGUAGCGUCAUCAAUCUUACCGUAAGAAGGCGGAGAUCUUCAAGUGUCAAAUCAUUCGUUCAUCCUGUACAGUUGACUCUGACUGAUAGUAAUGAACAUGGAAUUCAUGUUGAUGAGGCAAAGUAUAUCAGAUUCAUCUCUCCUGGAAGUGUUGCAUCAAAUCACCCAAUGCUGUCGGUAGGAGAUAAGAUACUCACUAUUAAUGGUGUGUCUGUGGAAAAUCUGUCACAAGGCGAAACUGAAAAACUUUUAUCAACAAGUACAGUGAGUCUUGCCGUGCAAAAGGCCAAGUCAACUACCCCAACUCAUGCACUUCAUUCAUUACUAGAAGAAGUCAAUAACAAGAUUAAUUAUGAAAACAACAUGUACCAGAAUUUACAGUCGCAUAGGAAAAAGAUACUUAUGGACAGCUCUAAUGAAGUGUAUGAACAUGGUCAAAGGAGAGGUUAUUAUUCUGGUCGAAGCUCACCAUGCAYUGAAGGGCCUGGAUCUUUUCAAGAUUCUCUGUCAGAACCAGCAUUAAAUUCUUCUCCAUCACUGGCUCCAUUCUACGACAGUGGGAAGGAAAAAAGCCAAGGAACACAGACUGAUUCCAGUGAUACAUCAAUUGAAGCCAUUAGUGAAACACACCUUGCAGCUAAUAAUUCCCACCAYUCUCCCCCUCAGGUCAGUCCUGAGUCAAGUAGAUCAUUUAUGGCAGAAUCCCACAAUCAUCCAUAUCAAUAUAAUAUGUCUUCAAAGGAAAAGCCUUUACCACCACCAAGAACUUGUUCAUACAUGACAGAAUUAAUGUCUUCUACGACCAUGCCAGCCAGCACUUACAGUCACGAUUCAAAACAUUAUGGUAAUGAGAGGAAUCUACCAUCACCCUCCAUGACAACCUCUUCUGCAGGGUAUUAUACCCCUACAUGUACUUCAAUUACUGAUGAAUAUCCUUUAGAUCAAACUCGUACAAAUUCUACUCAGCGCUCAAGAGGCACUCGUCCACAGUCAGCUCCCUCAUCAAGACAUCAGUACUUGCCAUACACCAGUCAUUUGGAUCCUCUGGCUCUUGCUGUCCCAAAAUCGAGCCCACCAGGACCACCUGCAUCUGUAUCAGUAAUGAAAUCACGRACAGUUCCAUUUUAUACAGCAACAAGCUACGUCAUCCCACGAUACAACGCCGCACCUGCCGAGACUCAGCACUGCAUGCCUGUUUCCAGUAAGCAGGACAUAUCUCUACCCCACAGUAGUGGCUCUGUGUCUAGCAGUCAUAAAGGCUGGUCCUUAGAUCAGUGUCUGCCAAUACACCAUUCUAGGCAAGGUUCCUCUCAAAGUGUUGAUGAAAAUGACUUCAGGAGAAGACAUGCAUUUCAGCAAAGCUUUGACUCCUCUAGUGGACAUCAUUCAAAUAAAUUAAUGAAUYGCAUGAGUUUGCCUGGAGUUCAUUUCAGUUCUCAGCCAUGUGUUCCUUUGGGUGUGUCAGGAAGUUCUGUUGGAUCUGCUGGUUCACUUUCAUCAGGACAGGGAACUCCUCUGCGAACCCCUUCCACACCUAUUGUACCAGUGAUGGAGGGCGAAAUUCUUGCAUUCGACUUUAGUGGACAUGGCCCUUCAAGUUCUACUGAUGAUGAUAGGAAUCCAGAGCCAAGAUUGGUCCAUAUAGAAAAGAAAGACACCUUGGGUAUAUCUAUUGCACCUGGAAACAAUGGUGGGAUUUUUGUUUGCUCUGUAAGCGCAGGAAGUGUUGCUGAAAAAGCUGGUUUGAAAUAUGGAGACCAGUUGUUAGAGUACAAUGGAGUGAAUCUCAGAUGUGCCAAUUAUGAACAAGCUGCCAAGAUUCUCAAAGAGUCUGGUAACAGUGUAACCAUCCUGGCACAGUUCAAUCCCCAGCGGGCCCUGGAAGGAGAUUUCGAUAUUGAUACCUGCAACUCAAGUAUAUCUGAAUCAAGUACAACAUGUAGCACGCCGGUGAACAGAAGAAAAGUGAAAAGAGAUGACAGCACGAUUACACCACCUUUGCCUAAAGAUGAAAAGGUUGUUCCUCAGAGUGAUAUUGAACUUCCAGGAGAUGUUCGUUAUGUGUACCUGAACCAUACCUCGGCGAACCUAGGGUUUAAUAUCAUUGGUGGUAAUGCUACUGGUAUAUUCGUGUCAGAAGUUGACUCUAGCAGUGACGUGGCUAAGGAACUCAGUGUGGGAGAUCAAAUUCUUGAGUACGACGGAUGCGAUAUGUUAUCAUGUACUGCUGAACAAGCACUCCUUGAGCUUUGUAAACCCACGCCUGGUUCUGUCCAAGCACUAGUGCAGUAUAAUCCUGCAAGGUUCAAUUCCAUUAAGGACCAGCCUGGGGACUCAUUCUAUGUUAGAUGCCUUUACGACCACACUCCACACUCCAAAGAAGAGCUAGGCUUCAAGAAAGGGGACAUCUUGUACAUAACUGACACUAUUUACCAAGGUUACAUUGGCUGCUGGAAAGCCUGUCUUGUUAGUGCAGAAGACGCACAGAAAAGAGAAAAUGGGAUAGUACCCAGUAGAAUGAAGGCUGAGCAGGAGAUCCUGUUACAUCGUAGCCUGGCUCUAGCACACGGUGAUGAUCAUAAACUAUCAGGAAGACGUAGCUUGUUCAGACGAAGCAAAAAGAGUUCACACAGCCUCACUGUUAGUCACUCAAGAGAAGGCAGUGACUCUGCAGCUAGCAUUACCACCCUAUCUUCAGAUCUGGGAGUUAUAUCCUAUCAAAAUGUCGAAAAGCUAGAUUCGCAUAUUCCUCGUGUUGUUAUUCUCUUCGGACCACUUGCGGAAGUGCUUUGUGAAAAACUUGCUGAUGAUUUCCCCUACAAAUUUGUAUAUUGUAAAUCAGAGUUCGUGAACCUUACAGAUGAAAAAAUCGACAAGAGCAUUGCAGAGGGUACAUUUAUAGAUUACUCUUGGAAAGGAGGUCAACUGGCAUGUACAACGUUAACAUCGAUAAAGAAAGUCAUCGAUAAGCACCCUCUUCUGGUGGUCAGUCCUCAAGCGAUAGAGAGGUUGAACACACUACAGGUUUAUCCUAUCGUACUCUAUAUCAAAUUCAAGUCAUACAAGCACAUCAAAGAGAUGAGGGACAGCAAAUACAUUCCAGAAAAAAUAAUCAGCAAAGAUGCAAAGGAAAUUUUUGAGAAUGCUCAACGCUUGGAGAAAGACUACAAACACAUAUUUAACGGAAUUGUGCAUGGUAACUCUAUCAGUAAUAUCUGUACAGCAAUACAGGAAGCUGCUGCGGAACAACAGAAGAAGACCAUAUGGGUUCCACAUUCUUCAGUUUAAAGGCAAUUUAGUAACGAUUAGCUCAGUAUAGUGGUAUAGUUACAMCAUCCACUUUUACAGAAACCACUUUCAGAGUCUUACUGGCUUCAAUCGAAUAUAAAACCCUCUGUCAGGGUAAUAUACCUCAUGGCUAGCCCGUCAUCAUUUGUUAGGGGACAGGUAGGUAGAAAUACAGUUCUAAAAGCUUCAGUCUAAUGUGAGACCCUCUGCCAGGAUAAUAUAUCUCUCAUGGCUAGCCCUCGGUCGUUUGUUAGGGGACAGGUAGGUAGAAAUACAGUUCUUAAAGCUUCAGUCUAAUGUGAGACCCUCUGCCAGGAUAAUAUCCCUCAUGGCUAGCCCUCGGUCGUUUGUUAGGGGACAGGGAGGUAGAAAUACAGUGCUUUAAGAAAGCUUUAAAAAGCUUCAGUCGAAUGUGGGACCUUCUGUAAGGGCUAUACUAGCCGUCAAUCUCUUGGUCGAGUAAGGGGGGAUGAAGGGGAGGAGAAACGCAAGUGCUUGAAACCUAGCUUAUAUAUAAGUUACCUUGCUAUCUUGGUGCUUUAUCUCCAUUAUUUUUAUGAUAGUGCUCUUACAUUUUACAAAAUUGAAAAAAAAAAGCAAACGAAGGCAAACGGGGUAGUGAUAGCGGUAGCGGAUGUAACGUAGUUGACCAAUCUUACUUUAUUGCGCUGAUUUUAGCGCCAUCAUAUGGCUUGCACGCAAUGCACGACAUGAUCUUUUACCAUGGUUUCCCACUACAUACCUUGCUAACGGUCUUCUUGACUUUGAUAUUUCAUAGCUUUUCUAGAAAGUAUUGCAAACGUUUGCAAUUAUUUUUGUAUAUAUGGCAUCAAUAUUGCUUAUAUUGUCAGGCAUUUGAGCAUAUGAUAAACCAAUCGAAUAGAAAGAUAUUUUAUUAAAUAUUCAAAUAACAUUGUAGGACAGCUCAAUUGAUGACACGAAAAACAUAGUUUAGAGCAUUAGUAGAAAAUGUUAAAUUUUGUUCACAAGGCAGGAACUUCUUCGGUUGUGUUAACAUGGGUAGAGAUGUAAUUUUUACCUGGGUGAAAUGUAAAAAGACUGGAAAUAAAAUAAUUUUACAUGCUA